AUGGCCUUUCUGUCUGUCUUUUGUAGACUUCUGGUUUGUCUGUUGUUGUUGUCUGUCUCAACCGAUCACUACCAGCAACAACCACAACUACUAAAAUUAGAAGCCGGCGAAGAUGCGUUCAUAGCUUGCAGAGCACCCGAAGGCACACCAACACCGAAAAUCAAGUGGUUAAAAAAUGACCGGCCGUUAUUAACUGACAACGACAACUACUACAACAACAUCAACAACGACGACUACAACAACAUCAGCAACGACUACAACAACAUCAACAAUUACUACAACAACAUUAACAACUACUACAACAACAUUAACCACGACUACAACAACAACGGCAUUAACAACAACGAAAUUAACAACUACAGCAACAACAAAAAUCGUUUCUUGAUAACCGAAAGUGGUCUGACGAUAUUAAGUGUUACUAAUGAUGAUGUCGGAGCCUAUAGGUGUGUUGCUUAUAACGAGGCGGGCGAACUAAAAAGUGUUGUUGUUCAUCUUGAUGUUAAUUAUGCGUCGACAGCGGCGACAAUGACGACGACGACGACUCGUCUGCCACGACGUGUAGCGCGCGACACGGUCAUGCAGGGAAAGGACGUCAUAUUUCAUUGCCAGGUCACCAGUGACUCGGCGCCAUCUUGGAAAAAAUUGGAUGGGGAAAUCCCAAUGGAGAGAUCUCAGCUAACAUCGGAUCACAGUUUGAAACUGUUGAACGUGCAGCCAGGCGACGAAGGCACGUACAUCUGCACCGUGCACACCCCCUCUGGACUUAGGAAAGAGACCAGAGCAGUUCUCGUUGUUAACACUCCACCAUCAGUUCAAGUGCCCCAUCGAGAUUUCGUGGUGAACCCUGGCAAAAGAGUGGUCAUUGAUUGCAUGGUUGCCGGUAGUCCCACCCCGGAAGUCACGUGGUUUAGAUCGUCCAAUUAUGUUCGUUCAUGCUGCUGUUGA